UUCGGCAUUCAGGCGCAGAUGGUCACCACCGACUUCCAGAAGAUAUUCCCGAUGGGAGAGAGGCUCUACAUCGGCCUGGCAGGGCUGGCCACGGACGUGCAGACCGUUGCCCAGAGGCUGAAGUUCAGGCUGAAUCUCUACGAGCUGAAGGAAGGGAGGCAGAUCAAGCCCCAGACCUUUAUGAGCAUGGUGUCCAACCUGCUCUAUGAGAGAAGGUUUGGCCCUUACUACACAGAACCUGUCAUUGCUGGGCUGGACCCCAUCACCCACGAGCCCUUCAUCUGCUCCCUGGACCUCAUCGGUUGCCCCAUGAUCACUGAUGACUUCGUGGUCAGUGGUACCUGCUCUGAGCAGAUGUAUGGCAUGUGUGAGUCCCUCUGGGAGCCUGACAUGGAACCUGAGCACCUCUUCGAAACCAUCUCCCAGGCCAUGCUGAACGCAGUGGACAGAGAUGCCAUAUCUGGGAUGGGGGUGGUAGUGCACAUCAUAGAGAAAGACAAGAUCACCACGAGGACACUGAAGGCUCGUAUGGACUAGCCCAGUACAGUUGUUCCUG